GAGGGGGUGUCCCCGCUCACUUCUCUCUUGGCGACUCCUCGAGUCCGGCCCGAGUGUCCGGUCGCUCCUGGGUGAGUGCCCCGUGCGGGUCAGAGAAGCAGCCCAAGGGCCGGAGGGUAUCCAGCCUGGCCCGUGCUGCCCGCGGGGUGGAGUGCUUGGAAAAGGAGACAGAGUGACAGACCUGGAGACUGAAGUCCUCUAUCCCUCAAACAGCUCUUUCAUCAUGCCUGGGUCCCUCCCUUUGAAUGCAGAAGCCUGCUGGCCAAAAGAUGUGGGAAUUGUUGCCCUAGAGAUCUAUUUUCCUUCUCAAUAUGUCGAUCAAGUAGAGUUGGAAAAGUAUGAUGGUGUUGAUGCUGGAAAGUAUACCAUUGGUUUGGGUCAGGCCAAAAUGGGUUUCUGUACAGAUAGAGAAGAUAUCAACUCGCUGUGCUUGACCGUGGUACAGAAGCUUAUGGAGAGAAACAGUCUUUCCUAUGAUUGCAUUGGAAGGCUAGAAGUUGGAACAGAGACAAUCAUCGAUAAGUCCAAGUCGGUGAAGACAAAUUUAAUGCAGCUAUUUGAAGAAUCGGGGAAUACAGACAUAGAAGGGAUCGAUACAACCAACGCAUGCUAUGGAGGCACUGCUGCAGUCUUCAAUGCUGUUAACUGGGUUGAAUCUAGUUCCUGGGAUGGACGUUAUGCUCUGGUAGUUGCUGGAGAUAUUGCUGUGUAUGCCACAGGAAAUGCUAGACCAACAGGUGGAGCUGGAGCUGUGGCCAUGUUAAUUGGCCCAAAUGCACCUUUAAUUUUAGAGCGAGGACUUCGUGGGACACACAUGCAACAUGCCUAUGACUUUUACAAACCUGAUAUGCUAUCUGAAUAUCCCGUAGUUGAUGGUAAACUGUCUAUCCAGUGCUACCUUAGUGCAUUAGAUCGCUGCUAUGCUGUCUACCGAAAUAAGAUUCGUGCCAAAUGGCAGAAAGAAGGAAAUGAUAGAGAUUUUACCUUGAAUGACUUUGGCUUCAUGAUUUUUCAUUCACCAUACUGUAAACUGGUUCAGAAGUCUCUAGCUCGGUUGUUGCUGAAUGACUUCCUCAGUGACCAGAACAGAGACAAAAGUGGCAUGUACAGUGGCCUAGAAGCCUUUGGGGAUGUUAAACUUGAAGAUACCUACUUUGAUAGAGAUGUGGAAAAGGCAUUUAUGAAGGCCAGUGCUGAUCUCUUUAAUCAGAAAACCAAAGCAUCUUUGCUUGUAUCCAAUCAGAAUGGAAACAUGUAUACACCUUCAGUUUAUGGCUCCCUUGCCUCUGUCCUAGCACAGUUCACACCUCAGCAGUUGGCAGGGCAAAGGAUUGGAGUCUUUUCCUAUGGAUCUGGUUUUGCGGCUACGUUAUACUCUCUCAAAGUUACACAAGAUGCCACUCCAGGAUCUGCCCUGGAUAAACUAACAACGAGCUUAUGUGACCUGAAAACAAGGCUUGACUCAAGAACCUGUGUUGCUCCAGAUGUCUUUGCUGAAAACAUGAAGCUCCGAGAAGAAACUCAUCACUUGGUCAACUACAUUCCCCAAGGUUCGGUGGAUGCUCUUUUUGAAGGAACUUGGUACUUAGUUAGAGUGGACGAAAAGCACCGAAGGACUUAUGCUCGUCGUCCCUGUCUAAAUGAUGGCACUCUGGAUGCAGGGGCUGGGCUUGUACAUUCAAGCACAGCAGCUGAGCAUAUUCCUAGCCCUGCUAAGAAGGUGCCAAGGCUUCCCGCAACAACAGCAGAACCUGAAGCAGCUACCAUUAGUAAUGGAGAGCACUGAAUUACCUCUGUGAGGUGGAAGACUCCAGUGUGGGGAGGGGGCAUGGGAGUGUGGGGAAGGAAAGAAUAGGACAUCUGGGGAAAACUUAAAGGGAUUACAUAUUGCCUAAAUUUUGAUGUGUCUUACUUGGAGCCUGAAAACUAUUGUGUACUUCUGAAAGUCUUUGUUUAGUUCAUUUUGCUGACAUGCUUCCUGUUGUGAUUACAUAACACUAAAAUAGCAUGAAUGUAUUUGGAAUGAUGUUAAGGGCUCUGUAAACCUUCAUACCUCUUCAGCUGUUUGUAAGCAUGAAGUUCAGCUUUUGAUGUGGUCAUAUAAAUCGCGUGCAGAUCUGGUGGAAGAAAAUGGAGAUGUCACUAGACAACCUUCGAUUUUUUAAAUUAUAAAUAUUUUAAAAUAGCAUUAAGCAAGACUGCUAAAAGCGCCUUCAGUUUUUGAAAUAAAACUUGAGGGAUUUUUUAAAAUGUGGUUUACAUAAGCCCUAUGAAAUGGCAAAACCAGAAGUGUCCCUUUUCUAAAUUUUAUAAGUAUUUCACUGAGGGUAGAAAAUGAAGUUUUAGGGAAGUAAUACUAUUGCUCUAUUUGAAUUGAGCCCCAGUAGUGACCAGAACUCAGGAUAAUGGCCUUUGUGAGCUAAAGAAUAGUGAUCUUGAACAAGCUCUUUCUGGAGAGACCUUUGUGGCACAUGGCAUCUUUGGUAGAAACAGUUCUUGUCUCUGUGCCAGCUUUGGUGGUCAUCAGUUUUGAAUAGUGCUUGAGAUCUGUAAGGAGGCUUAAUAGAGUUACAGUUCUUUGUACCUUAUUUUAACUCGUGGUGUGUGUGUGGUUGCUGGAAAAGUACCUUUUACAAGCAUGACCUUCAUUGUUAACUUGAAUAAAAGGGGAGAAGGUAGCAAUUAUAUACAUUACUAGAGUUACUCUUCAGUAUUACAGAUUUAACUUCAAAAACUGACAAUCUAAAUCCAC